AUGCUGCCAGCAACCGAGAGCACCCUCGCCUUUGGCGUUGGUGUUGUCACACACCUUUUGUACUUCAAUCGAGGAGAACACCACCUUCACCCGCAGCAUUACCCACUGGCCUUUGCGCUUGCUUCCAUUGCUGCCACAGGGCUGUUGCUGUUCCGUCACGGCCUGGAGUUGUCGCAGGCCGUUCGAAUCGUCGGCAGCUUGGGUUUCUACUUCGUGGCCGGUCUCUAUUCAAGCCUUCUCGUGUACCGCCAGUUCUUGCACCCUUUGAACAAAUUCCCUGGUCCGUUGGGAUCUCGAAUCUCUGGGCUUUUCUUGUCGGUUGGCUUUCGCAACGCCGACAGCGCAGUGCAGUAUCGGCGCCUCCACGAAAAGUACGGAGACUUUGUUCGCGUGGGCUCGUCUGACUUGUCAAUCAUCCACCCCAAGGGUGUGACGGCCAUCUAUGGCGCUGGAAGCCCUUGUAUCAAGGGAGAUGCCUAUGACGCCACCGAGCCACUUCGGUCGCUACACAGUUUCCGAGACCGACAAGCCCACGACAACCGACGUCGAGUCUGGAGUUCAGCCUUUGGCGACAGCGCUCUUCGUGGUUACGAGAAACGUAUUCGCCGGUAUCGAGAUGAGCUGAUCGCAGCAUUCGCCGAAACCAAGGGGAAACCGAUCAACGUUACUCAGUGGUUCAACAAUUACUCGUUCGACGUUGUGGGAGAUCUUGCUUUUGGUCAGUCGUUUGAUAUGCUUGAGAAUAACAGCAAUCACUGGGCUGUUCAGCUGUUAGCGGAGGGUUUCGCGCCACUGGCGUAUUCGCUGCCCACAUGGCUGUUCCGCCUGGCUCAGUGUAUUCCAGGCGCGACCAAGGACUGGUUCCGGUUCUUGGACUUUUGCCGUGGCAGGAUGCUCCAUCGGAUACAGACAAAACCCGAAAUUCCCGAUAUCACAUCUACACUUUUGAGACCUUUGGCUGGAAAGCAACCGUCUCCAGAAGACUUGAACUUGCUUGUUGGCGAGUCCCAAGACACCACGGCAACGACCUUGUCCAGCAUCAUAUACCAGCUCUGCUCUCACCCAGAACAGCUUGAGCAAAUCCGACAGCUGGUUGCGCCAUUCAUGACCGAUCCCUCCGGAGAUGUGCCGAGUGAGAAAAUUGCGCAUAUCGACCACCUGAACGGCGUGAUCUAUGAGGCGCUGCGGUUGCAUCCUCCAGUGCCGGCCAUAAUCCUGCGCAAGACGCCCCCAGAGGGACUUAUGAUCGAUGAUGUAUUCGUUCCUGGAAAUACCAGCGUGUUCUGUCCACAAUAUGUGCUAGGAAGGAGUUCGGCAAUUUAUGAGAACCCAGAAGAAUUCAUUCCCGAACGCUGGUAUUCACGCGCAGAGCUUGUUAAAGAGAAGAGCGCCUUUGCGCCUUUCUUAUAUGGAGCUUAUGGUUGUAUCGGUCGCCCCCUUGCCAUGAUGAAUCUUCGCAGCACGGUUGCCCGCCUAGUCACCACAUUCGACAUCAGCUUCGGCGAGAGCGAAGACGGUAGUGGUUUUGAGGGCAAGUCGACGAACCACUUUUUGUGGUGCCCUGGUGACCUGAAUGUAUCCUUUACCAAGCGUGAGGUGCAGUGA